AUGCAGGCGAUGGAUUCUGUUCUCUCGCGACGGAUCUGUGAAUCGGGGUUGAAUCUCGAGAUGAAUUCUGUUCUCUCGCGACGGAUCUCUCGACCCACAACGAAAAGUCCAUCGGCCGAUUUCACAGGUUCAGAAUUUCAGAAGCCGGGUUGCUUGUCUCAUAAACUACAGAGGCUUAAAAAUGUCGCAGACGUCAACCACUUCAAACUUUGGCAGACAGAGUAUACUCAAAAAUCGGAAGUAGUUGGCGACAUCAUGACGAAUUCGAAUGUUGUUUCAGCUUACAAUGAAACUGGUGGUUGCAUUGUCAUGAAUCCAAGGGAUUACAUUAACAACCCCAAACUUAUACACAUACCAAACGAUCGAUAUAAGUAUGUAGACCGGAACAAAAUGGGUAAUACGUGCAUCGUUCAACAUUAG